AGGUAGAAGCUGAAAAACACCCUCUAGAUAUAGAGAAGGAAGCGGGGAAUCUGAAGAUAUCCUUGCCAAAUGGAAACGUCAUGAACAUACCCCUAUCGGCCAUCAAUAUUUCGGAAGAAGUUGAUAAGACUGGAAUCUGGAAGCACGUCAACAACGAACAGAAUAGUGAAGUAAAGGAUAAGAGGAAGAGCCCGAAAACUAAAAAUCGAUUCAAAAAAAAGAAGCAAUCCAAGAAAGAUGAAAUUAAAAGAGAAGAACAAUUGGAAAAACGACUUUCUACUUGUAAAGAGGAAGAUGAUGAGGGAAUCACAAUAAAGGUGAUAGAUACUUCUCUCCACAUUUAG